AUGACGACAAGUUUCAACGCCGAGCUCGGUAUAUUGGACCGUGUUGAUGGGUCUGCAAGUUAUAAGUUUGGUGCAACGAGCUUGAUAUGCUCCGUAAGUGGUCCGAUAGAGGCCAAAGCUAGGCAGGAGCUGCCGACUUCAGCAGCUUUGGAGGUGACGAUACGCCCUGAUGUUGGAGUAUCGUCCACGCGUGAGAAGCUAACCGAGGACAAGCUGAAGUCCGUUCUGGGAAGUGUGAUCAGCACAUUCCUCUAUCCAAGACAGCUGAUACAAGUGGUGGUGCAGAUACUGGAUGCAGGUGAGGCACCCUGCUAUGUUGUGCGUGAGCUUGUGGGAUGCAUAAAUGCGUGUUAUUUGGCAUUGAUUGAUGCAAAAGUGGGAAUUUCCGAGUCAUUCUAUGCCAAAUGUGUGGCCAUAGAGCAAAAUACAGGAAAGCUCAUCCUAGAUCCAACUGACAGAGAUCUGACCUCGAGUAAAUCUCACCAUGCGGUCUGCUUCAGUCUGGGUAAUGGCAAAUCCAAAUCACUUCUCUACUCUGAGUCUUUUGGGCAAUUCACCGAAGAAGAGUUGCUCAAGGUACUGGACUUUGCCGCAGAAGCCAUUGAACAGGAAAACAUCGGGGUGAGGAAGGUGAUAUCAGAAGCCGUCUCCAAUGACUACGUUUGGAUGAGUUAA